AUGGUAGCCUUUAUCUUUUCUCUUAAUGUGGUCUUUUGGCCUUUCAUUCACUUCUUAGAGAACGACUUAGCUCUCUUUAGAGAGAUUGUCGCCAUGGACUACGAGAUUGUAUGUGUAUGUUAUGAUUACGUAGGGCCUAUUAGGCCGCGUUGCAGACUUAUACCUAGAGUAUGGAUCACAUGGCUGCUUGCAGGAGGUCAGCAAGCGGCAGAAGGCGGCUCAGCCACCUCCUUCAUUGCUCAAGGGAACGAAUCGAAAUUGUGGCAUGUGCUAGAUGAUCGCGAAUACAGGCCUGGAGCUCUGGAUGUUAAGAGACGUUUAUAUUAUACCUUCUUAAGAGAACGCUUUAACGCGGUCUUCAACAAUCCCACAGAUAUAUCCGGUGGUUCUCAGUGGUUUCCUGCCGACCCUACUACCUCUGCAGUCACCAAUGGGAUAUCAAAUAACCGAGAGACCUAUGGUUUCCUCACAGCGAUAGCAGCAGCUAUUGAAGCUGCUCGAGAGUUUCUCAUCGAGACAUUUAAGCGGAAUCGGCAAAGCCCACAGGGGGUGUCCAAAACCUUCAAGCGAGCAAGUCCCUUGCCUUGCUUCUUAUUCACAACCCAAACCCUUAUUCUACAUGUCCUUGUCUGCCUCUUCCUCCUCAAUCUGAACUUCCGCAAAUGGGAUUCUAAUCACUCCGGGCGCGAGAGGUCGGCGAUAUUCGUGAAUCUAGAUGAAAUAUCCUCACUUAUGAUAGUUGAUAACCUUGUCAGCAAGAAUUUAGGUAACAUUAUUGUAGAACUCCCAUGA